AUGGGUUCGUCAUCAGCUUCAACUGAAAAAUCGCCGCCUAUGUCUAUGUACAUAUUUCGGGGCAUCGACAUCCCCCAUAUUCUAUGUUCCCAUGCCGACUCCGAUUAUGUCACAUAUGUCGAGUUAGAUGCCGCUGCAUGUCCAUUAAACGAUAACAACACCGAUCCAGCAGUUGAUGUCAGUUUUGAUGCCCGAGUCAAUGUCGACAUAUACGGAACGGCACCGUACUCGAGCACGGAAGAAUUAAAUGGAGACCAAGUGGAAGAGGAAGACGAACACAACGACGAAGGCGAAUACGGAGACGAACACGAAGAUGAUGGUGAAGAUGGUGAAGAUAGAGACGAUGACGAUGAGGGUGAGGGUGAGGGUGAAGACGAACAUAACGAUGGGGAGAACUAG